AAUAAGAACUUGAGCAUUUAUUUCUCGCCUAAGGUCCCAAGAGUUUAUAUUAACUAUACUACAUUUUGCUAGCCAUUAUGGGAUCUAACACGGAGCCUACAUACCUCUAUCAAAGUGUGACUGACAGCCACUCUCCUCCGAUGGUCACAUCCGCUCAAGGGAUGUACUUCACCCUGGAAAAUGGCCUCAAGAUACUAGACGCAACAUGCGGAGCUGCCGUGUCAGCUCUUGGCCACGGCAACGAGCAGGUCAAAGAUGCAGUUAUCCGCCAAUUAAAUACGGUGGCAUACUGCCAUCCAGGAUAUUUCCAGAAUAGUCCUGCCCUUGAACUGGCGGACUUGCUUAUCGACUCUACCGGCGGGCGGCUGUCCCGUGCAUGCAUCCUUGGAUCUGGCUCUGAAGCUGUCGAGGCCGCGAUGAAACUAGCCUAUCAAUAUUUUGCGGAACAGACGCACGGAACGACGCAACGGAUCAAUUUCAUAUCUCGAAGAGGGUCGUGGCACGGUUGCACUAUAGCAGCACUUUCUGUCGGCGACAUCAAAGCCCGGAGGACAAUUUUCGAGCCUCUGCUGCUAAAAAACGUGUCCAAGGUGUCGCCCUGUCACCCAUGGAGAGAAAUGCGCCAGGAUGAAUCAGUCGAACAAUAUGUGGCUCGCCUGAAGGACGAACUGGAAGAUGAAUUCCAGAGACUCGGCCCUGACACUGUCGCUGCAUUUAUUUUGGAACCCAUGGUUGGGACUGCCUUAGGUUGUGUUACUGCGGCCCCAGGGUAUUUACGUGCAGUAAGGGAAGUCUGUGACCGACAUGGAGCCCUUUUGAUAUUCGACGAGAUUAUGUGCGGACUUGGCCGGACCGGAGCGCAGCACGCCUGGCAACACGACGACGUGGCCCCGGACAUUCAGACCGUGGGAAAGGUACUUGGUGGAGGAUACGGCCCCGUCUCUGCUGUUCUGGUCAGUGAGCGGGUCAUUAACGCACUGAAAAGGGGUAGCGGCUCCUUCUCCCAUGGACAUACUUACCAAGCCCAGCCACUUGGGUGCGUCGCUGCCCUUGCGACCCAGCGGUAUAUCAAGGAUAACAACUUGGUCGAGAAUGCACGGUGCAUGGGGGGUUAUCUUGGAGAGCAAUUGAAAAAACACUUGGAGAAUCACCCUCUUGUGGGAGAUAUUAGGGGUCGAGGGUUGUUUUGGGGGGUGGAGCUUGUCCAAGAUAAACGGUCCAAGGCUCCAUUGGAUCCAAAGCUGGGUUUGGCCAAGCGAAUUAGGGCUCGAGGGCUAGAAAAGGAUUAUGAGGUUUGUAUAUUUAGCGCUACCGGUGCUGCUGAUGGUUGGAAAGGGGACCAAUUCCUCAUCGCUCCACCAUUUACAGUGCAGAAAGGUGAUGUGGAUGAAAUCGUGAGACGUGUAGCGAAGGUUAUGGAGAGCGUAUGGAACGAUAUCCAAACGGCUCUCAGCGGCUAGUCAUUCUGUGUUUUCAGCUGACGAAAAGUUUGAUCUCAAGGAUUGAAUGCUCUUGGCUUGUUUUGGGGGUAAACUAUCGUUGAUUGUUUAGUUACUUGAUCAAUCCAUUUCCCUUGACUCCGAUC